AAAGACAGGAAAGAGCCCACCCACUGCACCAAAUGCCAAAGCUUCAACCACAUUGCCAAGAACUGCAAAGCUGAACAUGACAUUUGUGGUACCUGCAGUGACCAGCACCACACCUCAGCCUGCAAUUCUUUCUGUAUGACACAAUGUGUCAACUGUAGAAGUCAGCAACACAUGAGCUGGAGCCAUUCCUGCCUGGAGUUCUCCAGAUGCUGCAGAGAGAUCAAUGAGAAGUAUCUGGAAAAUUGCAUGCCCUACUUCCCCACU